CUUUUUUUGUGCAAAAAAAAAAAAAGAGAGCAAAAUGAGCCCUUAAGUGGCAGGUUUGGCAUAGCGGGCAGACUGGCAUGUAGAAACGGGGUCUUUGCCUUUGCCAGAUUUCUCGAGGGGCCAACCUUCCCUCCCUCCCCCUCACCAAUCGUAUCUAAAGCCCUGCGCCCAGCCGUCCCACAAAACUGGAAGGAGGUGCCGUUGGUGCUCAGACUGAGGCAGCCCCUGCCUUGGCCAUGAGGAUUAAUGCCUCCAUUCACUGCUAGACCUACAACCUAAAUGGCGCAGCAUGACUUUGUACCUGCUUGGCUUAGCUUCUCCACACCUCAGUCCUCCAAGUCCUCUGCAGGCGUUGUUGAGAAACAUGGCGAGCACCUUCCCCGGGGCGAGGGCCGUCUGGGGGUGAGUCGCAGAAGACACAACUCUUCCGAUGGCUUCUUCAACAACGGACCUCUCCGCACCACAGGCGAUUCGUGGCACCAGCCGUCUCUUCUCCGCCAUGAUUCUGUGGACUCUGGGGUCUCUAAAGGCACCAACCAAUCCUCUCAGCCAGGAUGGCACGGGGGAUCGCGGGAAAGGUCUGACAGCGCCUCACAGAGAAAUGGCGGGACAGGCGGUUCCGGCCACCGUCACCGCAACGGACACAACCUCUCUCGUAAGAACGCUUCCGUGCAGGAGAAGCAGUCGGCCGAGACCCGAGAGGAAAAGAACGCGGACAAGAAAAAGCUGCAGUUCGAAGAGGAGGAUUUUCCAUCUUUGAAUCCUGAGCCUGGGAAGCAGGUUACCCAGAACAAGCAGACCGGAACCCCCAGAUAGACGAUCUGUGAAAACCCUCCCAGCUCCAAGCAGCCACUGAAGAUGCUGGUCAUCAAGAAGAUCUCAAAGGAGGAUCCGUCUGCUUUCUCCGCUGCUUUCGCUUCGCCUGUACCUCACCUCUCUAAUGGAAGCAACAAGAGUAAUCCCUCCGGGCCCAUCCUCUACAAAAACCUCAUCCCCAAAGCUUCAGCCGCCAAGCCCGGUCCCUGGAAGUCAAAUGGCCGGGAAUCCAAAUCCAGCUCCCUCUUUUUCGGCAGAGAUUCUGCUUUUACCAGCCCUGUGUUGGCCCCAGCACCCAUACUGACCUCCUCUAGAGAGGGCACAGCCAGUGUCACCCCACCACUGGAGCUUAGCAUCUCCCGGCUUACACGCAUGACUCGCCGCGUGCCAGACAAGAAGAGCGAGUUUCUGAAGACCUUGAAGGACGAACAAGACGCCGACCAGACUGAGGACAGAGAUGGGGAUAAACUGGAAGAUGUAAGAGAUUAAUACCCCCAUGGGGACAGGGAGCACACGGAGGAGAGCCGCCAUCUCAACGGCAUUCCCGACUCUCAGGAAGGGGAGCGCGGCCGGCUGUCUUAUUCACUGGAAGCGGAACACAGAUUACUGAAGGAGAUGGGCUGGCAGGAGUCCCCGGAGAAUGACGACGACUGCCUUCCACUCACAGAGGAGGAGCUGCAAGAGUUCCAGAGAAAAUCCCAGCAGCUAAAAAGACACGGCGUGGGACAAAACGGCUUCCUCCGACAACCCCGAAGAUGUGCUCUGUUCGCUUGGCGCGGCCCUCUGACCCCCGAGCCAAGCCCGUGCUCGGAGACCGACUCCAGCAGCUCCGACACUUCAGAUGACGAAUCUUGAUCCUUUUAGAGGAGACGGCGACAAAAGCUCCUCCCCCUCCGCGUUCAAUCCCC